AUGGAUGAAAUCAAUGUGCGUCGAUUGGAAGAUUUACCUGUGGAAAUUUUAUUUGAAAUAUUUAAAUAUCUCAAAUUUGAAGAACUUUAUUCAUCAAUGGCUCAUUUAAAUAUUCGUAUGAAUAUGAUUCUCAAAAAGCAACCUAAUUUAAAAAUUUCAAUAUAUUUAUUAAAACCUGCAUUAUCAUUUUUUGAUUCAUUUACUUCACUAACCAUUAAAUUUGAUGAAAGAAACAAACUACAUCUUUAUCAAUUUCGAUACCUGAAUUUAAUCAAUCUUCGUUCAUUGAGUAUUAUUAUAUUAUUUUAUGAAUGGUGGGUUGUUACAUCAGAAGACGAACUGAAUGCAUUUAUUAAUCCUGAUCGAUGUCCUUUACUCAGAUAUUUACGUUUACCGAAUUGUACUACUAAACUCACCGAAUUUAUCUUUACGGGUGCAUUUCCUUAUUUAAAAAAAUGCAUAAUUAUAGAUUGUCAAGAAUUCUUUUCCACAUCGUCAAAAUCGUUAGCAAAAGCUCUUCACUAUCUUCAUAUACAUAGCAAGAACGGAAAUGAGUUUCAUAGGAUGUUAUCUAUGUGUCCUAAAUUAAAACACCUUCACUUCCAUUCUGACGAAUUACCUUCAACUCAAAUACGAAAUAUACACUAUCCGUUUCUGAAAUGUUUGAAUAUUGGAUUGCUUAUGAACUUUCUCUUUCACAAUGGUCAAUUUGAUAUUUUUCUUUCUUAUUUUCCAAAUCUUAUCAGUUUUGAUCUAAGUGUACAUCAUUCUUGCUAUCACAAUGAAAUAGUCGAUUUUGCUCAAGUAGCUGAUUGUCUUCGUCGUCGAAUUCCUCGUUUAAAGAAACUAAAAUUGCAUAUUUGUCUGAGUAAAACAUAUCCUUCUCAAUUAUUUUUUGUUCAAUUUCCACUGAUUGCUCAAAUGCAUGAAUUAUUUCGAAGUAUCAAUGGAUGUCCAUGGUUUAUACGUAUUGAAUCAUUUGAUUUCAAUCCUCCAUACAUAGACUAUUGGCAUUAUAUUCGACCUACAUCUGAACCAAAAUCAUAA